GCCUGGGCAGCACUGCAGCGAGCAGGUAACACUCAUAAAACCUCAUCAGGGCAGUGAUCUGCCACCGUUUGGACCGGGACAAUGACGAGAACACUCCUACUGUGGCUUCUGUUCCUAAACGCCUCAUUCAAGCCCUCAGAAAGCCACAGUCCAGGCUUCGAGGUGGGGGACGACUAUGAGGUGGUUCGACCCGUCAGACUUCACGCAGUCAGGAAAAGAAGCACGGAGAACCUCAGACCACAGACAGUUAAGUACGCAAUGACUGUCGGAGGAAAAAACAUUCAACUGCAGCUUGAGAAAAACACGGAGUUAUUAGGCAGAGACUACACAGAAACCUCCUACCAGGAAGACGGGACUCGGGUCACCUCAAGACCACAUGACGUAGAUCACUGCUACUACCAAGGAACGAUUGCCAAUGACCGUGAGUCAUCAGCUAGCAUCAGUACGUGUGACGGACUGAGGGGUUACUUCAGGACAUCUGCUCAGAGGUACCUGAUUGAGCCUCUGUCCGGUGGCGAUGAGGGCGACCAUGCUGUGACCGCCGUAAAUGAGACGAGCUCUAAGCCGGCGCUGUGUGGCGUUACCAACGACUCCUGGAGCGACGACGUGGAGCCUCCAACCGGCAGGAGCCGGUCCAGAUCUGGGGGUGUUUCUGUCCUUCGGCAGCAGAAAUACAUCGAGCUCGCUCUCGUAGCAGAUAAUCGAGCGUUUCCUCCUGACACGCCGCUCUGCUGCAGGAUGAUGACAUCGUUUCGUAACCGCAGCAGCUAUGUCAGACGAUUUCAGAAACAACGCACUUUUAGAAUGGAAUGUCUCUUCCUGUCUUUCAGUGGGAUCGACUUUGAAGGUUCCACUGUGGGUCUGGCUUUCAUUGGGACCCUCUGCACCGACCACUCAGUCGGGGUAGUACAGGAUCACAAUGACCGAGCCAUCGCAGUGGGAGCUACUCUAGCCCACGAGAUGGGCCACAACCUGGGCAUGAGCCAUGACGACUCCAGUACCUGCAUUUGUUCCGGGGACAGCUGCAUCAUGGCUGCGGCCCUCAGCUGGAACAUCCCGCGGUCGUUCAGCAGCUGCAGCAGCAGCAACUAUGAAAGAUACCUGACAACCCGCAGCCCCAGCUGCCUGUUGGACAAACCCGACUACAUGAGGAUCCAAGCUCCUGCCGUCUGUGGGAACGGCUUCAAGGAAAAAGGCGAGCAGUGCGACUGCGGCACUGUGCAGGAGUGCACCAACCCCUGCUGCAACGCCACCACAUGCACGCUGUCAGCAGGCUCCCAGUGUGCGGAGGGAGAAUGCUGUGCUGACUGUCAGAUCCAGCCUCGGUCCAGGGAGUGCCGCCCCAAGCAGGAUGACUGUGACCUGGCAGAGUACUGCGACGGGAAGAGCGCCACCUGUCCUGAGGAUGUGUUCGCCGUCAACGGCCUGCCGUGUAACAAGGGUCUGGGUUACUGCUACAACGGCCAGUGUCCACAGAGGUCAACCCAGUGCCUCAAACUCUACGGCAACAGUAGGCCUUUGGCUUUCUUCCUAGAUUUUUUCUGCGGGAAGCUUUUCUGCAGCGGCGGCAAUCCCAACCCUAUCUACGGCCAAAUGGUCACAAUCGGGGGCUGCAAGGCGGCUUUCAUUCAGGACUACACCAAAGACUACGGGCAGGUGGAGGAAGGCACCGUCUGUGGGGAGGGGAAGGUUUGCAGCCAGAAUCAAUGCAUGGAUGUUGAAGCUGCGUACAGGAACACCAACUGUUCAGCCAAAUGCCCAGGGAACGCUGUGUGCAAUCACAGGAGUGAGUGUCAGUGCACGCCUGGCUGGCUGCCUCCUAACUGCGGAGCUCAGGAUGAAGCUUUCAACUCGCUCUCCACCGGGGCGAAGGUCGCAGUGUCCCUGGCUGUCAUCCUGGUGGUCCUGGGUCUGAUUUUUGGUGUGGUUGGAUUCAUGUGCAAGAAGAAGAAACAGGCUCCCUCUCUGCCAACUUUAUCGGCCCCCAGGGAGCCUCCAGCGGCCCGCAGCUCUGCUCCCAGAACCAACCAGAAGGCCAGCAUUGGUCAGCCCAUGCCUCUCAGACAGGCACCAAAACCGAAGCCCAAAGGCGCUCCGCCUCCACCACCUGCAGCAGGGAACCGACCCAAACCUCCGAGCCAGAACUACCUAGCUGCACGCCAGGCUCUGAGGCCCGUCCCUCCUCCGAAGGUCUGAGGAGCAGCAGAGACCCUGGCUCUGGUCUGCUGGCGGACUCCUGCCUCCAUGAUCUGCUGCAUGUUCUCCUGCACGGCCUGAGCCCAAACAGGAAGCUGUUAAAGUGCAGCUUCUGCUACGGAUCCAGGCGUCCGGCUCCACGGGGCCUUAAAGUCGAUCCUUUGGCGACGCCGUCGGCUCAGAGCUGCUUCAGCAUCGUUUCUGGGUCCAAACCCUUCAACCACUGCUCUGAGAAACGCUGCACUGUUGGCCAAGUCUUUGAUGAUAACAACACUGUGAAAAUGUUUGUAAAGGUUUUAUAAUUAUAUUUUAUUUACACAAAGUACGAGCUUCAUAUUUUUGUAAUAUUUUCCUGUUUACAUGAGAGUCUGAUGGAUCUUUAAACAUUGUGCUUUUAUAUUUGUAUUUAGUAUU